AAGAAGUUUCAAUGUGACGUUUGCCCGCAGCGAUUCCAACAAAAGGCACAACUCAAGACGCACCAGCGAUCUCACACAGGUGAGAAACCACAUAAAUGCGACGAAUGUGGCAUGCGAGUCUCUCAGCCAGGCAACCUCAAGGCACACAAAAGAAAGCAUACGAAAGAGAAGCCGUACGGUUGUCCUACCUGCAACCUCAAAUUCUCCUCAAAUGGAGGCUUGAAGGUGCACAUCAGAAACAAGCACGAAUACGCACCCAAACAGCCCUGCCCAAUGGAAGACUGCAGGAAGGAGUUCAGCACUAUUGGCAACAUGAAGGUGAGCUAUGUGCUUCCACUAUAUCUCUUUUGA